GAACUUGGCCCCAGGCCUGAAAUCCGGCCUCCAGAUAUUUUCUUGGCCUGAGCCCAGACCAGCCGCCCUCCAGCCCUCCCAGGCAGCCUGCUGCCCAGUUGAAUGAAGGCGUCUGCUCUCAGAGUUUCUGCCGUGGGAGAGCCUCGGACCCCAAGCGUCUUCAAAGGUCUAUUAUUAAUGGGGCCGUCCAGCUGAAGCUGACAUCCCCACGCAGCCCUCCCAGAGCUCUGCACCUCAGCCAGCCCAUGGCCUCCACUGCCUGGCCCUGUCUGCUGAGCGGUGCCCAGCAAGGCGAGAAGGCCAAGUCCUGCCCGCUGGGCCAGCCAGAGGUCACCCACCACGCCUGAGCUACCGGUGUGUGGUGAGAGGACUGCCCCGCGUCUUCCCUCGGCUCCCAGCUGCCUCAGUUUCCCUUCCUGAGAAAGGCAGGGUUCUGGGAGGUGAGGAGCUGCAGGGACCCACGAAGGGCAUGGAAGCCGCCCGGGGACACUGGCCCCUCUGUCAGGAUCAAUCGCCCUAAGCCUGUCUGAGGCGCUCCAGGCUUAGGAGCAGCUGUGAAAGCCGCCUUUGUGCCUGGGAGAAUGAGCCGCAAGAGGACAGGGGGCCCUGGCCCCGGGAGCCCCUUGGGUCCUGGCUCCUGAGAUCAACGCCAUCAGGGAAGACCCCAGCCUGGCCCCUGCAGCCCACCCAGGCCUGGUGCCCACUUCGUGCCAUGGGAGCAGCCCAGGGGAAGAAGAAAACAUACUCUCCUCAGGCCAGAUUUCAUAGUGAAAAUGAGAAGCAGAGACGAAAUGGCUCAGCCGCCAUGUACUCGGAGAUCCAGAGGGAGCGGGCGGACAUCGGGGGCCUGAUGGCCCGGCCAGAAUACAGAGAGUGGAAUCCGGAGCUCAUCAAGCCCAAGAAGCUGCUGAACCCCGUGAAGGCCUCUCGGAGUCACCAGGAGCUCCACCGGGAGCUGCUCAUGAACCACAGAAGGGGCCUUGGUGUGGACAGCAAGCCAGAGCUGCAGCGCGUCCUGGAGCACCGUCGGCGGAACCAGCUCAUCAAGAAGAAGAAGGAGGAGCUGGAAGCCAAGCGGCUGCAGUGCCCCUUUGAGCAGGAGCUGCUGAGACGGCAGCAGAGGCUGAACCAGCUGGAAAAACCACCGGAGAAGGAAGAGGAUCACGCCCCGGAGUUUAUUAAAGUCAGGGAAAACCUACGGAGAAUUGCCACACUGACCAGCGAAGAGAGAGCGCUGUAGGGCCAGCUGCCAGACUCAGGCCACCACCCACCCUGGCCUGGACACCCUCCUCCAGCCCUUCUGCACCUGGCAGCCCUGGGCCCCAGGCCUUGGGACGUCUGUGAUGUUCCCACCUGCUUCUGUAGAAAUGUGUCACCCCAAAGGGCCUGGCUCUCCCUGGGAGGCCGGGGCCCCUAAGCUCCUAGGCUUUUCCUUCCAAGCACCCAGACCUUCUGCUCCAAGAGGGAAAACUGGCACGCCUCCCUGCAGGGGGUUCGGAGCCCAGCACAGGGGGUUUCUCUGGCAGAAUUGAGGAGGAAGAGGCGGCCCUCUGGCUUGACAAGCCUUCUGUUCUGCCCAGGCCUUCCCACCGGGAAUCUCCAAGGCUCCCCAGGGCCCCGCUUCUCCGCGCACCCAGCUCCUAGGUCUCAGAGAACUCCCCCACCUGUGAUUUUACCUGCAGCCAGCAGAGCUUAGCUUCAAGGACACCCACCUCCAAAGCACUGAGGGGAGGACGGGCAGGGCAGACCGCAGGCGGCCUUGUUGCUACCAUCCUGACCAGGUGGGAGGACACUAACAAAGACAGCUGUUUAGGGUCUUCUCCCCUCACCCAUGCUUUCAUCAUCCCCUCCGCACAGCGCCCACCGCCACCCCACCCCCGCCCCACCCCACCCCCGCCCCAUCCAGGCCUUCUAACCACACCUAGCCAGGGCUGCCACAUUCCUGCGCCCAGAAGUCUGCAGCAGUGCCUCACAGACUUGAUUGUGCAUACAAAUCACUGGGGAUCUUGUUAAAUACAGCUUCUAACUCAGUAGAUCUGGGGUGGGGGCUGAGAUCCUGCAUUUCUAACAAGCUCCCAGGUGAGGCGGAGGCUGCUGGUAUGAGGACCAUGCUGUGAGCAGCAGGGUGUGAGUGCCCAGGGCUGGUAUGUAUUAGAAAUAUCAUGCCUGAAGCCAUCGCUGGCCCCCACCUCCCGUGGACUGAUGCCCCAGGGAUUCCCACCCCUCCUCUGCAACCCCAGGUUUUCUUCAUUAUCCACCCCACCCCGGACUCCCACCCCCAGGAAUUCUCCAUGAAGACUUUGGCCUAGCAAAUUGUGUUGGUUAUGUGAGUGUUGUUUUAAUCAGAGAUGUAUGUGAUUGCCAAUCUGCAUUUCUCACCAGUGUGACCACACUGUUAUGAUGCAAUUCUAGCCAAAAAAAAAAAAAAAGAAUUUUUUUUUUUUACUUUUUCCUACAGUCUUAUGGAAAGCAAAUAUACAAUGAUUUCCAAUAGGCUUCUGGAAUAGAAACAGUGGUUUGAAGACCCCACUGCCGCCUUUAGGGACUGGCCCCUUUGAGUCUGAAUCCCCCGCCUCUGUCACCUGAGACCCAACCCCUAACUGGGCCAACUCCAAUGAAUUCACCCAUUUUUCUUCUUCAGAAGGCGUUUCCUAUGUGAGACCCACUUAUUUUAACCUUUUGCUCCUAUCUCAUUUUUAAAGAAUUAGAGAAUAAACCAGGCCUGUUCUUUUCCCCUGAAAUCCCUGCCUCUGGCUUCCUAAACCCAUCAUCUAAGGUGACAGAGCAGUGCUGGAAUAGCAUCUCCUUUCACUUCCCCCAAAACUGCCACAAAGAGCUGCCACUGGCAUGCUCUCUGAUUCCUGGAAGCAAACGUGGGACUGCCGGAGGAAAGGGAUUGUCCUGGUCUUACUCAUAACUGGGUGGUUUGAGGGUGACUGAAGUCGUGCUUUUCCUGUGUGUGCUCCCAGCACAGGGCUGUAAAUGCAGAUAUUCCGCCUGUGUGCAUAUAAAGUCAAGCUCAAAGAGGCUCCUGGAUGUGACUGGCGUGCUGAGAAUGUGGUUAUGUUGUUUAAUGUAUGUCAGGUGAGGGUUACACUGAAGAUUCACAAUCCCUAAAAUAAAGAUCACCACAUUCCCAAAGAAGCAGCCCUCGGGUCCAUGUGUUGUUCAGACAUGUGAAGAGAAGCAAGACAGAGGGUCUCAGAUAGAUGAGGGGUCCCCAGGGGAAUGCUUGGGGAUUUACCCAGUGGUCCCUAGAGGUGCUCCAUGGAGGCAACAAGUCUUUCCGUGAAGCCCCAGAAGUAGAAGGGACCUCAAGCGCCACGCCCUCCAGGGCAGCUGUGCAGAAGACCUUGGUUCACUCUUCAGGGGUCGUCCCAACUCCAUAUCUCCAGCCACUCCGACUGCGGAGGCUGUAAACCCAGACUCUCACUGUUCCAGUCUCCUUUGCAGCAUAGGAUGGCUAUGUGAUUCGGUGUGGCCAAUGAAAUUGAAGAGGAAGUCUACAGGGGCUUCUGGGAAAGCUUAUGCUUUUCUGAUAAAAGACACAGGCAUGGCUAACAUCUCCCUGGCUGCCUUCUUUCUGCUUUGAUUGAGGGAGUGAUGCCUGGAGCCACAGCAGCCACCUUGCUACCAUGAGAAAAAGGCCAAGAGAAUCAGAGUCAUUAACCCUAUCAUUAUUUCACCAAGCCAAUGCCAGCCACCAUCCUUCUCCAUAAUUCUUGUAAAUAAAAUAAAUCCCUCUUUGUUUAAACCA